GAGUAGAGAGAGAAAGCCCCGCCCCACGCGCACACAAAACAAUUUAACUUCUCCCGUCCAUCGUCAAAAUCCUAGCUCCGUCCCCCUUAACAAGUGAUUUAUUAAGAAAGAAGCCUCAUAAUCUUGAUGCAAAUGGACAAAUCCCCUCCCACAAUCAUCUACAUCCUACUCUUUCUAGCCACUCUAUUGUAUUACAUCUUCUCCAAAAAACACACCAAGAAGCACAAAUUGACACCAAAACUACCUCCAGGCUCAAUGGGAUGGCCUUACCUCGGAGAAACACUUCAAUUAUACUACAAAGACCCCAACAUCUUCUUCUCCGACAAGCAAAAAAGGUAUGGGGAGAUAUUCAAAACACACAUAUUGGGGUGCCCGUGCGUGAUGCUUGGUGGGCCGGAAGCAGCACGAUUCGUGUUGGUGACGAGCGCUGAUUUGUUCAAGCCUACCUACCCGAAGAGCAAGGAGAAGAUGAUCGGCCCCUCCGCCCUCUUCUUCCACCAAGGCCAAUACCAUUCCCAAAUUAGAAGGCUUGUUGUCAACUCUCUUUCCCCUCAAUCCAUCAAGAGAUUCAUUCCUGGGAUUCAAGCCUUAGCCAUCUCCACAAUCGAUUCUUGGGCUUCUACUCCACACCCCAUCAACACCUUCCAACAAAUGAAAAAGUUCUCAUUUGAAGUGGGGAUUUUAGCGAUCUUCGGGGAGUUGGAGAGAGAGAAGAAAGAAGAGUUGAAGAAGAACUAUUGCAUAGUGGACAAAGGCUACAACUCCUUCCCCACAAACCUACCUGGAACAGCCUAUCACAAGGCUUUGAUGGCAAGAAGGAGACUGAGCCAAAUACUAGAGGAGAUAAUAAGCGAGAGGAAGGAGAAGAAGUUGUUAGACAAUGACUUGUUGGGACAUCUUCUCAACUUCAAGAACGAGGAUGGGGAGACGCUAAGCGACGACCAGAUCGCAGACAACAUCAUCGGAAUACUGUUUGCAGCUCAGGACACAACCGCAAGUGCAUUAACAUGGAUUGUCAAAUACCUAACCGACCAUCCCAAACUAUUACAAGCUGUUAAGUCUGAACAGAAAGAAAUCUAUCUGGCAAAUGAAAAGGGCAACAAGGGCUUGACAUGGACUCAAACAAGAAGUAUGCCACUUACAUAUAAGGUGAUAUUGGAGAGCUUAAGGAUGGCAAGCAUUGUGUCUUUUACUUUUAGGGAGGCUGUGGUUGAUGUAGUGUAUAAUGGUUAUCUAAUUCCAAAAGGGUGGAAGGUGAUGCCAUUAUUCAGAAAUAUUCAUCACAAUCCUGAAUUUUUCGAUGAACCACAAAAUUUUGACCCUUGUAGAUUUGAGGUUGCUCCGAAACCCAAUACAUUUCUGCCAUUUGGCACCGGGGCCCACUCCUGUCCGGGAAAUGAGCUGGCAAAGCUUGAAAUCUUGAUUUUGAUUCAUCAUCUGGUCAACGAAUUGAGGUGGGAAGUGGUGGGCCCACAAGAUAUGGUGGAAUAUAGCCCGUUUCCGGUUCCUCAUAACGGGCUUCGGGCCAGAUUUUGGAGGGAGCCCAAUACUCAAGAAAAUUAAGAUUUAGAAGUUAGAAUUUAGGCAAGUACAAAAGAUAGCACCUAACAAAUUAAAUGUGUUACCCAUCUAUGUACCCCAGAACCCUGUUUAUUUUUUUAGAAUUCACUAAGGGUUCAAUAUUAAUGUAUUAUUAUGAUAAUGGGGUCUUGUACUUAUUAUUUUUACGCGAUAUUAAUGUGAAAAUAAUUAGAAUAUCAUAAGGAUUAAUUUUUUUA